CUCGGCAAUCGGCAUCUCCAAUUCUAGAGAGAGAGAGAGAGAGAGAGAUGGAGAGCGGAAAUCACAACGGAGGCUCGGCGGCGAAGUUUCCGGCAAUCAAAUUCACGAAGCUUUUCAUCAACGGCGAAUUCCGCGACGCCGUUUCAGGGAAAACAUUUGAGACGAUAGAUCCGAGGAAUGGGGAAGUGAUAGGGAGAAUCGCGGAAGGAGAUAAGGAAGACGUUGACUUGGCCGUGAAGGCAGCUCGUCAAGCCUUUGACCAUGGACCCUGGCCUCGCUUCUCCGGUGCCGAAAGGGCGAGGCUGAUACACAAAUUCGCGGAUCUGAUCGAAGAGCACGUCGAAGAAUUGGCGGCGUUGGAUGCGAUGGACGGAGGAAAGCUGUUCUUGUGGGGAAAACUGACGGAUAUUCCGGUGACCGCAGGCCAUUUCAGGUACUACGCGGGUGCGGCUGAUAAGAUUCACGGCGAGGUUUUGAAGAUGACUCGUCCUUCGAUGUUUGGUUACACGCUCAAAGAGCCUAUUGGAGUGGUCGGACACAUCAUCCCGUGGAAUUUCCCGAGCAUAAUGUUUGCUAUGAAGGUGGCUCCCGCCUUGGCCGCAGGCUGCACCAUGGUGGUCAAGCCUGCCGAGCAAACUCCUCUCUCGGCUCUAUUUUACGCCCAUCUCGCUAAGCAAGCCGGAAUCCCUGACGGUGUGAUCAAUGUCGUGACGGGGUUUGGACCGACCGCCGGAGCUGCCAUUACAUCCCAUAUGGACAUAGAAAAGGUUAGUUUCACAGGAUCGACGGAAGUCGGGAGGAAGGUAAUGCAGGCUGCGGCAACUAGUAAUCUGAAAGCCGUCUCGCUCGAAUUGGGUGGAAAAUCGCCUCUUCUGAUAUUCGACGAUGCGGAUGUCGACAAAGCCGCAGAUCUCGCCCUUCUCGGUAACUUCUACAACAAGGGAGAAAUCUGCGUCGCAAGCUCUCGUGUCUUCGUCCAAGAAGGUAUAUACGAUGCACUCGCGAAGAAGUUAGUCGAGAAGGUGAAAGGUUGGACCGUGGGCGAUCCAUUCGACCCUACUGCUCGUCAAGGACCUCAAGUGGAUAAGAGACAGUUCGAGAAGGUCCUCUCUUACAUUGACGACGGUAAGCAAGAAGGUGCGACGUUGCUAACCGGUGGCAAUGCCAUUGGGAACAAAGGAUACUUCAUCGAGCCGACUAUCUUCGCGGAUGUCACGGAUGGCAUGAAGAUAUACCAAGACGAAAUCUUUGGACCCGUCAUGUCUUUGAUGAAGUUCAAGACGGUGGAAGAAGCGAUCGAACUGGCGAACAACACGAGGUACGGACUGGCAGCGGGGGUCGUGAGCCGGGACAUUGACUUGGUGAACACGGUUUCGAGGUCGAUAAAAGCGGGUGCGAUAUGGGUGAAUUGCUACAUCGCGUUCGACGUGGACUGCCCGUACGGCGGCUACAAGAUGAGCGGUAUCGGCCGGGACAGCGGCCUGGACGCUCUCUACAGCUAUCUUCACGUCAAGUCCGUCGUCACCCCUCUUCACAAUUCCCCUUGGCUUUGAACUCUCGCACCGUUUAGGGUUUCGUUUACGGUCACUCUUUUUUCGGUUUUAUGAUUACAUCCAACGUUACCACGAAACGCAAUAAAACGCUCGUCUUCGACGUUAUCUGCUUUUACCAAUACGUUUCUUUCUUUUCUUUUUUAAAAUUUUUUCCCAUAUCAUCGGCGUUACCAGUGUUAGUAGCUGUAGCAGCAAGAAAUAGAAUUCUUGGACAUGACUA